AUGGACGACGAGCGUCUACCCGGGCGACUUUUCUGUGGCAAUUUUGCCAUAGAUGCGCGCCGAAAAGGUGGACAACGGCGACACUACAGGGACAAUCUGCGGUCCUCCCUAAAGGAUCUACAACUCAAGCCAAAGACCUGGUGGGAUCCCGCUCAUGAUCAACUGGCCGGUGGAAUGACGAAGAAAACUGAAGCAGAAACCUACGAAACCAACCAGAUUGGCACUGCAAAGCCAAAUGAGCGGCUUGCAAUUCUCAAGCGUCUAUGGUUCAUAACGCCCACACCCAACCUCUCCCAAUAUGCCCAGGCUGCCGACCAACAUGUCAUGCGUGGAUCGACAUCGUUGGAUACCGCUGGACUCAAUGUGAUAACAGCCCAACAACUCCACCUGUCGCACCCGCAAAUGCCUCACCGCCAGCCCAGCGCAAACCCCCCAGGGCGGCGACCACCGCCACCGGUGAUUGUACUUCUGAUGCCUCGACGCCUCAGCCAACGCCGUCGAACCCCACCACCCCUAACAUCCCUAUCCAACCCCUGCGAUGACGGCGACUUCCACCUCUCCGAUCCCCACCACCGGUGAACACAUUCCCAAUGUCUUGUCAGUUCCCACUCACACCACCAGCGUUCCAAUCGCCAGUAAUGUGGACUCGAUCCUAGCCUGUCCACGUUGCAGUCACACCUUCAGCUCACUCGUCGACCUGCUCGGUCACUUGCGAAUCCAUCGUCCUUGGGUUGGCCCAUCAGUUCCAGGAGACCCUACGUGCACUCAUCACACUUGCAUUCACCGUCCGCGCUGCCAACGCGCAUCGACUCGUGGGCCUAUUCGACCACAUACGCAUUCACGACAGCGGAAUUCAUUGUAAUAUUGACACUCCGAGCACACCUUACAUAUCCGACAACUCUUCCAUCUCCAUUACUACCAACCCUUCACUCAUCAGCGCUGCGGACAGUGGUAAAAUCACCACCGCAACCGACUCAUCAGCUCCAAACCUAUCCUGCCCACAGAAUCACCGCGCAUGUACAUCCCGCAUCGGUCUAGUCUGUCACUUGCGAAUACAGCGCGUGGAGACUAGAAAAUCAGUGUCUGGAGCACCAACAUAGACCCAUCGCACCCACCUCAACUGCUCACACUAUUUACGCACAUUCAGUCGCUGCGCGGACCUACUGGGCUAUAUGCGCAUCCAUGAAGACUUGUGACAAAACGCCACCGACCAAACCCUAUCUCUACAUAUCACCCCACCAACAUACAUCUCACGCGUACCUGCCCAGCACCCAUAACAAGCACAGAUUCAGUGCCUUUCACGCGCGUGGGAAUCGUGCUCAUUGGCUCCUUCCCCAUGUGACCCCCCUACUGAUCGAAAACAUGUGAGAUCCGAACAACCUAUGCACUUUUUUGAGACCCUGGUGUUUUGUGUCCGGGGGUCAAGUCAUGCAUGUGGUACGCGCAGACGGGCUGUCUUUAGCUCUAUCAGCCACUGAGCCAAAUUUCAGCAUCAACUGUUUGGUCGGAUAGGACGAUCAACUGGUGCAUAGGAGUGUGGGGGAGAGAGUGGGGUCGACUCUCACACAGGUGGGAAAUGUGCUCCUUGACUCCUUCUCCGUAUGCCUCCUCCGUUGCAUGUAUGGUCGGAGGCUGAGAUUUUUACGAUGUGCCAAGCGCCGUGACUUGGAAGGUCGUCGACUGAUGCCUAUACCCAGUCCACCCACUCUGCCCAGCUGUGUGUGUUUGUGUGAAGUGGCGGACUGGGGGGCUGAGAGUCAGGCUUUCACGGCUCCUUCUCAUGACGACCCCUGGCGCUCUCACGCGUGUGAAGAGUGUGUGUAUAUGGGUAAUGCCUCUCAGUAUCAGGGUGUAGGGGUGUCAGCGGUGGGUCCACGUGAUGGUCGUAGUGGUCGCUCACUUGCUUGCAGGUGAGACUACACCUAGCGUCCAUUUGCUGGCACCUAACUCUCACCUGUGGCUCCACGUAGCUGGGCUCUGCUCAGCGGCCACACCCCGGGCAACCGUCUCGACCGGCGGGCUAAACCAGGUGAGGGUAUCCGUGCGUGCACCUGCACGCGCGGUACUGUGGUCUGCGCUGGCCGGAUGGAUCUUCGCGUCGACAUCGUCGAGACGAGGCUCUGCCUGGACCAUCGUAGGCGGCCACCAGGUAAGUUUCCCCUCAGGUAAGUGCGCUUGCUUUGUUUCUUCCUUUUGUUUGUUGAAGUUCCGGGUCAUACGCUGCGCUUGCUGCCUGCCCUUUAUAUGCUAGUCUGUCUGUUAAUAGCUAAACGACACCCUCGAUGCCUGCUGCGAUUGUCUGUCUGUCAGUCUAUGCCACUCUCUACUAAUAGCUAGGUGUUACGGUGCCUGACUUUGUGUGGUGCCCUCACCUUGUCUCUGACUGGUGACUGUGUCCGCUUGUCCACUCUAGCUCUAAGUCCCAUAGCGUUAGGCAGUGUGUAUGCUCUCUCCUACUUCACUCCAUCACAUCAUCACCUCACCACCAAGGUCCCAGGCUAAUUCGGGUCGUUCUCUCACUAACAAAAGUCGUGGCCCAUAGUCGAGUCCGGCAGCCGUCUGGGAUAACCGGGCAGCCCUGUUCAGGGAUGCGUUGCCUGCCCCCGCGAGGGGGAGGGGGCUAGAAAAGGUGCCCUAAAGAUCGCUGGGAACCACGCUGUCUGUAGGCUGGCCGUGGCCGCAGACAAAAAACACACGGUCGAAACAGCCAAAACCGAAACAACAACAACAACAAUCGCUAUCUUCCUCUUCCAGCCUAUUCUUCUUCUUCUCCUACUCCUACUUUUCGUCGCCGCAGUUGCCAGACUGGCAGGGUGAGCCCGCUCACUCUGGCAGCCUGGAAUGUUCGUUCCCUUUUAGACAAUCCGAGGAGCAACCGACCGGAACGGAGGACGGCGCUAGUGGCAAGAGAACUGGCGCGCUACAAGGUGGACAUCGCCGCACUCAGCGAGACCCGAUUCUCCGAACAAGGCCAACUGGAGGAGGUGGGUGCCGGCUACACCUUCUUAUGGAGUGGUCGACCCAAGGCAGAGCGACGAGACGCGGGUGUCGCCUUCGCCAUCCGGAAGGACAUCGUGGGACGACUACCCUGUUUGCCGCAGGGUGUCAACGAUCGCUUGAUGAGCCUCCGUCUGCCUCUGCGGGGUGGGGGCAAAUUCGCCACCAUCAUGAGCGCCUACGCUCCGCCGAUGAGCAGCCCCGACGCCGCCGCAAGAGACAAGUUCUACGAGGACCUGCACGCCCUCUUGGCGACUGUGUCGAAGGCGGACAAGUUGAUUGUCCUUGGUGACUUCAACGCCCGCGUCGGCACAGACCAUACUGCCUGGAGGGGAGUGCUGGGUCCUCACGGUCUCCGCGGCUCCAACGACAACGGCCUGCUGCUCCUUCGCACCUGCGCAGAACACCGCCUCAUCCUGACGAACACGUUCUUCUGUCUGCCGGAGCGAGAGAAGGCCACCUGGAGGCAUCCUCGGUCGCGUCAGUGGCACCUGCUGGACUAUGUCCUCGUCCGGAGGCGAGAUCAGCGGGACGUGCUGGUGACGAAGGCGAUCGCGGGUGCUGACGGGUGGACCGAUCAUCGCCUCGUCAUCUCGAAGAUGCGUAUUCGCCUACAGCCUCGCAGGAGACCACAAGGUAAGCGACCCCCAGUUAAGCUGAAUGUUGCUUUGUUGUCUUUGCCUGCUCACCGUCUCCAUUUCAGCAAUGAGCUAGCUCAACGGCUAGACAACCUUCCUAUCGCUGCCGCCGACGACGCCGCCGCUGCCGAGAACGCCGCCGUGGAGAAUCGCUGGUGUCAACUGCGAGACACAGUCCAGUCGACGGCGCUCGCCGUCCUCGGUCGCGCUCCCCGCCAACACCAGGACUGGUUCGACGAAAACGACGCCGCCAUCAGAAAUCUGCCAGCUGAGAAGAACCGCCUCCACAAAGCCUACGUAGAUCAUCCCACUGAGGACAACAAAGCUGCCUUCUACCGCAGUCGCCGCCAACUUCAGCAACGACUGCGCGAGAUGCAGGACGCCUGGACUGCUCGCAAAGCUGAGGAGAUCCAAGGCUACGCGGACCGCAACGAAUGGAAGAACUUCUUCUCCGCGAUCAAAGCUGUCUACGGUCCGCCGACGAAGGGCACUGCUCCUCUCCUCAGCGCCGACGGCAGCACUCUCCUGACUGAGAAGACGCAAAUCCUGCAGCGAUGGGCCGAGCACUUUCGAGGCGUCCUCAACCGCCCUUCCGUCAUCUCCGACGCCGCCAUCGCCCGCUUGCCGCAAGUGGAGACCAACGUGGACCUCGACCUCCCGCCAUCUCUCCAGGAGACCAUCAGGGCCGUGCAGCAAAUCUCCAGCGGGAAAGCACCCGGAUCGGACGCAAUCCCUGCCGAGGUCUACAAGCACGGAGGUCCCCUACUGAUGGAUCACCUGACUGCGCUCUUCCAGGAGAUGUGGCGUCAAGGUGA